GCACCAGCUGCACCGGUCCCCCAGCGAAGCUGCUCUCCGGCUCUUCCUCCUGUCAGGCCGGCCGGGCCAUGCCGUCGCGGGUGCUCUUCCUCGGCGGCGCCGGCGCCUGCGGGGUGUGCGGGGCUUCGGCGGCGGCCAGGCGGGUCCGGCUGCUACUGCGACAGGUGGCGGCCUCGGGAAGCGGCGGCGUCAGGAGCGUCCGCACCGGCCGGGCCCGGCUUCUGCACUCGACCGGCAAGGCCGAAGGUGAUACUGUUACUAUUGGAGAUGUGUCAUACAAACUCAAAAUUCCAAGAAAUCCAGAACUUGUCCCAGUGAACUACAUUUCAGACUCUGUGGCUCAGUCUGUAAUUCAGCAUUUAAGAUGGAUCAUGCAAAAAGACCUUUUGGGCCAAGACAUCUUUCUUAUAGGACCACCUGGGCCUCUUCGGCGAUCGAUUGCUAUGCAGUACUUGGAGUUGACCAAGCGAGAAGUGGAGUACAUUGCACUCUCCAGGGACACAACAGAAACAGAUCUCAAACAGCGGAGAGAGAUCCGAGCUGGAACUGCUUACUACAUUGAUCAGUGUGCCGUACGAGCAGCCACCGAAGGUAGAAUCUUGGUUCUGGAAGGCUUGGAGAAGGCCGAGCGGAAUGUCUUACCUGUGUUGAACAAUUUGCUGGAGAACCGGGAGAUGCAACUUGAAGAUGGCCGUUUUCUCAUGUCAGCAGAACGUUAUGACAAACUGCUGAAGGAGCAUAAUAAAUCAGAGUUGGAUGCAUGGAAGAUUGUUAGAGUCAGUGAAAACUUCAGAGUCAUUGCCCUGGGCCUUCCCGUCCCCCGAUAUUUGGGUAACCCAUUAGACCCACCUCUGCGAUCUAGAUUUCAAGCAAGAGAUGUUUAUUAUCUACCAUUUAAGGACCAUCUUUCACAGUUAUAUUGUAUUGGACCUAACGUUUCAACUGAGAGAAUUUCUAAACUUUUGUCAUUUGCAACUACUUUUUGCACCCAAGAAUCCUCCGCCCUGGGUCUUCCUGAUUUUCCUUUGGACACCUUAGCAUCUGCUGUGCAGAUUCUGAACUGCUUGCCUAUGAUCUCAAUCCAGCAUAUAAUCAGGUGGCUUUAUCCGUAUAAUGUUCUUUUGGGGAGGGAAGGCAAGACGGCCGUAGAAGAUGCCUUAAAGCGAUUUGAGCUCCAGGAUUCAGAAAGACCUGUUGUACCUACAAGAGUUAUAAAUGUGAACAAGAGGGAGGAUGGCAAGAUGUUGCAGGCUGACGUGACAAUUCAGAUAGCCGGAGAAGCUGUGACAUUUCAGGUUCCUGCUGGGACUAGGCCACUAAACCUGCAUUCUGGGACAGACCAUUUCGUUAAGACUCCCAGCCAUGAACAGCAAUUGGCAGAAAUGAUAUUGUCCCACAUGGUUAAAGAUAUCUGUUUGAUUGGAGAAAAAGGUUGUGGCAAAACAGUUCUUGCUAAGGAAUUUGCAGCUACAUUGGGGUAUAACAUAGAACCCAUCAUGCUAUAUCAGGAUAUGACAGCCCGAGAUCUGCUGCAGCAAAGGUACACUCUCCCUAAUGGGGACACUUCCUGGAGACCAUCUGCACUUAUAACAGCUGCCCUGGAGGGGAAGCUUGUUAUUCUGGAUGGGAUUCACCGUGUCAACGCAGGCACCCUCGCUGUUCUGCAAAGGUUGAUUCAUGACAGAGACAUUACUCUGUAUGAUGGCACUAGGUUGCUCAGGAAUGAGAGAUAUCAGAAGUUGAAAGAAGAUCUACAGCUCUCUGAUGAGGAACUACAACAAAGGUCCAUUUUCCCCAUUCAGCCUUCCUUUAGGAUAAUCGCCUUAGCAGAGCCACCUGUCAUAGGAAGCUCCACGCAGCAAUGGCUGGGCCCAGAGCUCUUGACGCUUUUCCUUUUCCAUGACAUAAAGCCUCUGAACAAGAGUGAAGAAAUUAAAGUUAUUAAAGGGGUGGUUCCAAAUGUUCCUAGUGCUGCAGUGGAGCAGCUGUUGAAAUUAGCACACAAACUUCGCGAGACAAAUGAUCCCACUGCUCAGUCAUUGGCAUCAUCCUUGUCUACACGGCAGCUGUUGAGAAUUUGUCGGCGUCUGUCUCAGUACCCAGAUGAAAGACUCUAUGAUGCUGUCAAUAAAGCUUGUCUUUCCAGGUUUUUACCCAACCUUGCUAAAUCUGCUUUACAUAAAAAUCUGCUGGACUCUGGAAUUGAAGCAAGCCCCAUUGAAACUCUGGAAAUGGAGGGGAAAGGCUAUAGCUGUGAAGUGGACUCGGGAACCCUGAAGAUUGGGGCAGUCACAAUCCCUAUUUAUAACCCCUUGGAGAAGAUGAAAGUGCCCGAUGUUCUCUUCUAUGAAAAUACCCAACAUAUGAUGGUGAUGGAAGAUAUGCUAAAAGACUUUUUGCUUGGCGAACACCUUCUCUUGGUUGGCAACCAGGGUGUGGGGAAAAAUAAGGUGGUUGACAGAUUCCUUCACCUGCUCAAUCGACCAAGAGAGUAUUUGCAACUGCACAGAGACACGACCGUGCAGAGUCUUACGCUUCAGCCUUCUGUUAAAGAUGGUCAUAUUGUCUAUGAGGAUUCUCCACUAGUGAAAGCUGUCAAAAAGGGGCACAUUCUGGUUAUUGACGAGGCUGACAAGGCCCCAACAAAUGUCACCUGCAUUUUGAAAACCUUGGUGGAAAGUGGAGAAAUGAUUCUGUCUGAUGGAAGGCGCCUUGUUGCCAACUCUGCUAGUGUGAGUGGAAGAGAAAACGUGGUGGUAAUUCAUCCAGAUUUUAGAAUGAUCGUUCUAGCAAACAGACCCGGAUUCCCGUUUUUGGGCAAUGACUUUUUUGGAACACUAGGAGAUAUUUUUAGCUGCCACGCAAUUGAUAAUCCCAAACCAAGCUCUGAGCUUGCAAUGCUUCGGCAGUAUGGGCCUGCGGUUCCUGAGCCAGUCCUGCAGAAACUGGUGGCUGCUUUUGGAGAGCUCAGAAGCUUGGCCGACCAAGGAAUUAUCAAUUAUCCUUAUUCAACGAGAGAAGUAGUGAAUAUAGUAAAGCAUUUACAGAAAUUUCCAACAGAAGGGCUUGCAAACGUCGUCAGAAAUGUAUUUGAUUUUGACUCCUACAAUAACGAAAUGCGUGAGAUUUUAAUUCGGACUCUGCAUAAACAUGGAAUCCCAAUUGGAGCAAAACCCACCAAUGUACAUCUGGCUAAGGAGUUGCCAUUGCCAGGUGCAAAAUUAAUGGGCUACUGGAAUGCCAGCCAGCUGGGUAAUGCACAGCAGAAACUUUUGUGCCCAACUGAAACACAUCGCAUAGAUAUAAAGGGUCCAAUGUACUUAAAUGUGCAGGCAUUUCCACUGGAAAGACACGAAGCCAGAUCCCUGAGCUUUACAGAAGAACUUGCCUUUUGGUCGCUGCCUUUGAAUGAAGUUAAUUUAGUGUGCGAUGUUGCUGUGGCGCAAGAAGACGCCCUUUAUGUGGCUACAUGCAAUCCUGUAUCCUUAUAUGUUAUGGAUCCAGCCAAUAAGAAUGGAUGUAGUAUAGACUUGUAUGACAUCUUCCCAAGGACCGUUGGUGGAAUAUGGCAACCGUUUGUGACAUUGGCACCUCUGGGUAACCCUCUCAAAGGUCAAGUAGUUCUACACGAAGAGCAGAGCAAUGCUAUUUUAUUGGUGGACAUUAACACUGGAUCCAUACGCCAGCUUUUACUGUCGCCAGAUGUGAAAGAGGGUCCUAAAAGGUCAUCUUGGUGGGGCAACAAGGAAGAGCGGAAGAGUCACAAAAUGUGCAGAGAGUUUUCACACAAAAAUUGGCUGGUGUUCUAUAAAGAAGAAGGGAGUCAUCUUACUGUUUUAGAUGUCCUGGAAGGUCGUGCUCAUACCAUCACACUGCCUAUCAAACUCUCCUCCGUCUUUUUAGUGGCAGAAGACCACUGGCUCCUGGUCGAGAGCAAAACAAACCAGAAAUAUCUUUUAACUAAGCCUACGCAUAUGGAAUCUGAAGCGCAUGGAAUUUGCCAGUUACACGCACUGAAUGAAGAGCCAGUGGAGACUGAAUCUGGGAUAAAAACAGAACUGCAUAUGCCACAGGCAGUUUCAUGUGACCAGUUGUCUUCCGAAAACCUAAGUGUAGCACUUGGGCAGAAGAUCAGCUCCCCCAACAGAAUGCUCUCUGAUGAACAUCAUUACGCUUCUCUCGUCGUUGGAUUUCCACACCUCAUGUCUCCCAAUGAGGUUUACAGCUGGAAGAGGGACUCUGUCCUGGGCCAGAGGCAGCCUUUGGCUUCUGAUCCAUUGUAUUAUGGAAAGCGCAGCAAAGGAGGAGCAGCAAAGCGACCAAAUUGUGUGACUCUUGCAGCUGCCAAUCAGGUGGUCAGAGUUCUGGCUCCUGGAGAUGUGCCUUUGAAAGAACUUUAUCCCAAAGAUGUUACUCCUCCCCAAGCUGCUGGUUACCUGGAAAUUACAGAUCUUACAACAAAGAAACUUAAAUAUAUUCCCAUUCCCAGACCAAUGAACCUGACUCCCUAUACAUCGUGGCUCUCGGCGAUUUCAGACACGGACGUCUUGCUGGCCGCACUCGGUGAAGCAGGUGUGGUCACUGUCGACAUGGGUGGCAACGUCAGGCUCUGGGAAACCAGCUUGGAAAGUCUUGAGAGAUCACUCCAGGAAUGGAAAACCAUGAUUGGAGAAGAGAAUGGCAGGCCUGUGCAGAUAACUAUCCAGAGAGAAAGCGGUUUGGAUGUCAGCUCUCCUAAGCAUGGGAAGAUGGAUCCAGAUAAUACCCCUCAUGUUGGUGGAAACACGUGGGCUGGUGGAACAGGUGGAAGAGACACGGCUGGGCUGGGCGGCAAAGGCGGUCCGUACCGACUGGAUGCUGGCCACAAGGUCUACCAGGUGUCUCAAGCGGAGAAAGAUGCUGUGCCCGAAGAGGUGAAGAAAGCCGCCAGGGAAAUGGGAGAAAAGGCUUUUAAACAGAGACUAAAAGAAAUCCAGAUGAGUGAAUAUGAUGCUUCUACGUAUGAGAGGUUCUCUGGAGCUGUUCGACGGCAAGUUCAUUUACUCCGAAUCAUCCUGGAUAAUUUACAGGUAAUAAUUGACUUUUUAAAAACCGAUAAACUCCUUUUUUGCAUUUUACGGGUCCCACUCAGAAUUCUCUACUGGCUGGGGAGCCCUCAGCAAAAGCCCAAACGCCUCCGCCUGGUCGUGGAUGUCUCUGGCAGCAUGUACCGCUUCAACGGGGUGGACAGGCGGCUGGAGCGCUCCAUGGAAGCUGUUUGCAUGGUGAUGGAAGCCUUUGAGAAUUACGAGCAGAAAUUUAAGUAUGACAUCACUGGGCAUUCGGGAGAUGGUUUUAACAUUGCCGUGGUCCAGAAUGACAAUGUUCCGAAGAACAAUAAACAAAGAUUGGAAAUUUUGAAGAUAAUGCAUGCCCACGCGCAGUUCUGUAUGAGUGGCGACCACACUCUGGAGGGCACAGAGCACGCCAUUCGGGAGAUUGCGAAAGAAGAGGCAGACGAGUACUUUGUCAUAGUCUUAAGCGAUGCCAACCUUGAGCGGUAUGGCAUCCCUCCAGCACGGUUUGCUCAAGCCUUGACCAUCAGCCCCAAAGUGAAUGCAUUUGCCAUAUUCAUAGGCUCCUUGGGAGAUCAGGCAGACAGGUUGCAAAGGACGCUGCCGGCUGGCCGUUCCUUUAUUGCCAUGGACACCAAGGACAUCCCACAGAUUCUACAACAGAUCUUCACCUCCACCAUGCUGUCAAACGCUUAGGAAGGGGCCUGCUUUUAAUCUGUAACUGGUCAGUUGUAUAUGGGAAGCACCUCGGCGGAGUUUAAGAGGGUAAUCUAAUUCUAGUAACAUUGGGCGGAAUCUAGUGUUGUACUGGUGGACUUUGUGCUUCCGUAAAGGGACUUUGCCUUUCUCGCCUCCCUCCCCAACCCCACCUGCCUCAAUGUUUUUUGUGGAGGGAGGAGCCCUCAACAUGGUUAGAGGAGAGAGGAUAGGAAGAAGCUGCCUUCUACACGUGUAAGUGCUGCUCAUGGAUGGCACAGAAUACAACCAUUAGGCUUUCCAUUGGAAUAAGUACUAUACUUUACAAUGGAGUACUCUGUCUUCUUCUUUGGCGAUCACUCAUAGCCGAGUAAGAUUGUCUUCCAUAAACACAGUUUUAACAAUGAGUCCGUAAGUGACUGUGGAGGCCAAUUCUGGAUCCACACGUCCUUCCACAGUGGGGACAUUGGUUUCCGGGUGGGAGUUGAUCACGGUGUGGAUUUGCCAAGCGUGCCUUCCUCUUAGCACGUUUCUCCCUUGCGUCCUGAGUUCGAGUGUCUUCAAAGCCCAUGACACCUUUGGUGAAGGCUGUUCUCCAACUGGGGCACUUGCAGGCCAGUGUUGUCCAGUUGUUAAGUGUUUAUACUACAUUUUUUUAGAUUUGCCUUGAGACCGUCUUUAAACCUCUUUUGUUGACCACCGGCAUUAUGCUUUCCAUAUUUAAGUUUGGAAUAAUUAGUUGCUUUGGAAGACGAUCAUCAGGCAUCCGCACAACAGGACCAGUCCAACGAAGUUGAUGUUGAAGAAUAUUGUACUUAAAUGGCCAUAUCUACCUAUUACUGCUACAUUUGAGUAAAAACCUUGGUGGGUUUUUUUUUUAAAGAAACCCCACCCAAAGCUUUCAAUAAUUUAAACUUUCCAUCUAGUUUCCUUAGACACUGAUUUGCACGGAAUAUCUGCCUACUGCAGGCAUGUCCAAAGUCCAUUUCGGGGGCAUAAUCCGGCCUGCUGGUUGGUUUAAUCCAGCCCCUGUGGCAGUUUAUUUCCUGGGUAAAAUCCUAAAAAAAACCUCAACAACUUCAAUCCUAAAAAAAAAACCUCAACAACUUUGGUUGGCCCUCAUGGCCCUUCACUUCAUCAAAUCUGGCCCUUUUUUAAAAAAGUUUGGACACCACUGGUCUACUGCAAAAAAAAGGAUGUUUUUUUCUGUCUGUUAAAUAAUUUUCUGUCCGUUAAAAAGAAUGAAUGUGGUCAUAUGCACAUCGGAUGGAUCUAAUAGUCUCCCUUUGCGUUUUCUGCCUCAAGUAGAAAUGCUUGUCUGACAGGCAUCUGAAAACUUCCAAGAAUUUCAAAUGAAAAUCCAAUUUGUUUAAUUCUAUCCUUGAAUUGGCUGCAGUGUUCAGAGUUCGCCCAUCAAAGGUACUACAUGCAUGGAACAAGUAGUACUGUAGCAUUUUUAAAAAGGAAUUAUAAUUUCAGCUGUUUAUAUAUCACUUAAUCAUGAAUGUUUCCAAGUGGUGUUCAUAGAAAUUGCAAAAGCAUAGUAACAGAUAAAAUAAAAUUAAAAAUCAUUAAAAACUCCAAAGCUUCAUUCAAAUGCCUGCUGGACUAGAAUGGCCAUCACUACUUUUCAGAAACUUAGGAUUUUCUGCCACUCUUGUAUAGACAUCUAACAGUGAUUAUAAGUCAGUGCAUCUGCAAACACUGAAAGAAAAUGCCCAGGAGGCAUUAUAUUUGGUUGCAGCUGACUUUCUGAGGCCGUGUAAAGUGAAAAUGGUUGACCAUGCUAAGAACCAAAUCAGAUUUUCCCAAUCUAAAUGUUUCUCCUCAAGCUGCUGUUUGUCUCGUAGGGAGGAAAACACUGCAUAGCAAGAUGCUGACUCUGUCCAAUUAUGAAGAGACGGCAAAAAGUCUCGAGAGAGAGAGAGCUCCGCCAUCCGCAGUGAAGUGGUACUUGAGAGCCAUUCCCUGUCCACUGAAUGAGCCAGAAAAAUGUAGAGUCAGUACAAUAUUAGAGCAAACUCCGUAGCAUCAUUUUUCCAUCAUCCAAGGCAGUGAGAUGCUGCAUGACAAGUGUUCCUCAAGAUGGAAGGGCAACAGAUAAUAGCAUUAAACUGCUAAAGGCCAUGAGCUUCAUCUAAAUGUGAAACUUUUAAAAACAGAAACCAGCUUAGGGGCAAUGUGAGGAAUCAGAGGCAAAUGGUAAUAUUUUAUGGCAUUCAUAAACAGACUGGCGUGAAAGCACCACGUACGGCAAGCUCUGAAAUUCUGUUUUAGUUUAGUAAGCUGCAAGAACGAAUAAUGGUUAUGUAUUAAGACGCCUCACAAUGCAUGCGUCACCUGGCUCUGUACCUCGCGUUACUAUCGGUUUGUUAGGUUUGCUAAAUUCAAACCAGGGGGGAGGAGAGGCAUGAUAUCGUGGUUUUCAUUCCUCCCCAAAAAAAUCCUCAAGGCGGUUCACAAUAGAUUUCAAAACGGAAACGUCUCAAUUCAAAAUUCUGGAUUAAGAGAGAGAGGCAAGGCAAGAAAAUGAAGCAGGUCAGCAGAAUAUCUUCAGCUAGAAAAUGUUUUAAGAUUUCUAACAUUAAUUAACAUUCUUUCCCACGAAAAUAAUAAUGCAAGGUGGUUGUUUGCUGAAACAGUCACCCCUCCCCCCCCAUCUGAGAGGAAGGUUGAUUUCUUAAGGGAAAAUGAUAGCAUUUCUACUUCAGGGUGCCCUGUACCCCUGAAAGGCUGUACAAAGCACUCUUGUUUUUAAAGAUUUCUUCAUAAUUUGGUGUUUGGACUCAUUCCUUGCUUUCUAGACUUUGCAUUACACUCACAACUUCAGUCGGUUUUCAGAUCUCUUCCCAGCUCAAGCACAUUGGCAAGCAAGCAAAUGUUUCUUUAAAUAGCCCAUCUGCCGCAUCCAGAGACGUGUGAACAAUAAUAACCUGUUUUUUCCCCAUUCUGACAUUUAAAAGAAUAAAUAAGGGUCUCUUUGUAUCUAGAGAACACAGCGUGUAUCUUUAUUUUCUAUUCUUACUCAUAACAGAAUGCAGCCGGGGGAAUCUUACCCCAAUGUGAACCAUUUCCCACAAGUGUUCUUUUUGAAAAUAUGCUUCAGUGCCUCUCUGGAAGUUAAUGUACUACAGCCAUAAAGAAAUUUGCACUUGGAGAAGGAAGGGAUUCAGUUCGGGAAAAGCAGCUGCAAGAUUUGAUAAAAGGUUUUGGGGAAAAAGUCAACUAACCUUUACUGCUGUCCG